UCCAGAUAACGACAAACGGUUGGACCCAUUUGUCAUUGAACUGGUCAAAAACCGUGAAUCAGGCCAAACUAGCGAUAAAUGGCAUCAAUGUCGGAACUACUCCAGUCACUACAGGAAAUAUUGCUGUCUCUGGUUCCCAUCUUUUAAUAAUGCAAAGCAGUGGAAACGAUGGCAGUUGUCGAAUUUCUGGUUUACAAAUGACAAAUACCAGUAGAAGUGAUGCUGAUAUACAGACAGACAUCACGACGUGUUCACCUAAUGUCGACGACGCCAUUUACAACAUGGACAACUUCAAAGAUACCACUGGGGUCGACAUUGACACGCCUUCUAAGUGUGACGAAGUUGACGAGUGCGCCGCAUAUCCAUGUGGUGUCCAUUUUUGUGAGAAUCUAUUGAAUGGAUACCGAUGUUAUUGUAAGAGUGGCUACACGGGAGACAACUGUGAUAAUGCUCCCGACUUCUGUGUUAACAACCAAUGCGAGCACGCAGCGACAUGUAUCAGUGGUGCUUGGAAUUAUACGUGCGCAUGUGCAGUGGGCUUUAAGGGAACUCUGUGCGAGGACGAAAUAGUUAAUGGAAACUGGGCGGAAUGGGGAAAAUAUGACGAAUGCAGUAAAAGUUGUGAAGGAGGAAUCCAAACACGGACAAGAACGUGUACCAACCCAUCCCCGGGACCGGAUGGUGCCGAUUGUUCAGGAAGUAGCCAAGAUCAAGUCUCCUGUAACACGGAUCCAUGUCCUAAAUGUGCCCCAGUCGGAUAUCUUUUGCUGAAAAGCAGGAACACAAAAAAAGAUAAUUGUGUAACUGAAGGAGACUACACGCGAUGUGAAAUAAUAUGUGAAACAGGAAUGGAAUUUGUCAAUCUACCCUUGAAUUACUAUGAAUGUGGUGCAAACACCUCAUAUGCAUGGAGCGGAAUCCCUCCAAGCUGUGCAACUUCAAUUCCUGGAAGGCGUUUGACCGUCCGUACCUCGGGAAUAUAUCCCGUUGCCCUUUCUUGUGGAACAGAGACCGAUCAAGCAUUAAACUCGGCAGCAGGAGAAGCCCAGUGUGUACGUAACAAUGCCUGUGACGUGUCUAUAUCCACCACCGGAUGUUCCUCUAGACGUAAACGAGACACAGCCAUAACAGCAGAGAUGUCUUUCUCCAUUAAUUUGGAAGAACUUCAGGAUUUCAACCUCACUGCAUUGUUAGAAGACAAUAUCGUGAGUGCAGACCUCCAGACCUACCUCACGGCCAUGGCUGAAUUGGAACAGACUGCACAGGAAAUCAACAACUCUGUCUCAGAUUUCUUUGUCGUGAAUGUCAACAAUGUCCGUUACAACAUUGACCCCAGCACGUUUUCUAUUUCUGGUGUGAUCACAUGUCCGAAUGGCACAAUUACAAACGACGGCGCCUGUGUUCAGUGCCCAGCAGGCACAAGCGAAGAAAACGGAUGGUGUGUUUACUGUGAACUAGGGACUUACCAGAACCAGGAAGGACAGACUGAGUGUCUAGCAUGUCCGACUGGUUAUACCACGCAGUUUGUGGGGAUGAUUGACGUCGCCAACUGUUCUGUUGAAGAAACGUCAACAACCAGUACUUCAGUUGAUGCAUCAAGUACAACAGCUAUACCUACAACUACAACAUCCCCGAUUUCCUCGUCCUCAACCGAAAGCGGAACCACUAUUACAGAGGAAAAAACAACACCUGUUACAAAGAAUGGUCCGUUCAGGAUUGGGAAGAGAUCAACGAUGACUAUUUUAGUCAUUACGAUAUCAGUAGUGUCGGUCGCCGUUAUUAUCUUAGCUGCUUCUAUUACCAUUUACUGCAAGACCCGAAAGGAACCCAGAAACCGGUUGAGAUCACGUGACAAGUACACACGUCAGAGAAGUUCGGUCUCCAUCAACAUGGUAAACCCGACAUUUCAUACGAAGUUCGAACACCCUCCACAGUUUAACGAGUAUAGCGAAAUGCCCGGUAAUCUGCCGUAUGCAACAAUCAUGGAAACGACAACAGCAAUGGCGAAUGAAAAGACAUCAUCUUUCACGAAACAUACUUGAUAUGUUUGGAAUUACAAAGAAAAAGAACAAAACAACUUUUUGGACUUUGUCAUUCACCAAUUACAUUAAACAAUGAUACGUGCAGGUCUACGAACAAAAAUACAAAACAAGUAUCAAAGAAUUGAUAACAAUCAAAAAACAUUUAAUUUAGCUUCUUCAAAAUCCUAAACAAUUCAGACUGUUACCAUUAGAUUCCUAAACAAUAUAUUAAAAUUAACAAUUAUUUACAUCAGUUUUCUUUUUAACAAUGUGUUAUAACUGGUGUAAUCAGUAAUUGACAGUGUGUUAUCCUUGUUGCGUAAGUUAUCAACAGUAUGUUAUUAUUGUUAUCAUAAGUUAUUACCAAUGUGUUAUCAUUGUUAUCAUCAGUUAUAGACAGUGUGUUAUCAUUGUUAUCAUAAGUUAUUACCAAUGUGUUAUCAUUGUUAUCAUCAGUUAUUACCAAUGUGUUAUCAUUGUUUCCUUAUUUAUUGACAGUGUGUUAAAAUUGUUAUCAUUAGUUAUUGACAGUGUGUUAUCAUUGUUAACAUCAAUUAUUGACAGUGUGUUAUCAUUGUUAUCAUCAGUUAUUGACAGUGUGUUAUCAGUGUUAUCAUCAGGUAUUAAUAAUGUGUUUUCAUUGUUGUCAUUAGUCAUUAUCAGUGUGUUAUCAUUGAUAUCAUCAGUUAUAGACAGUGUGUUAUCAUUGAUAUCAUCAGUUAUAGACAGUGUGUUAUCAUUGUUAUCAUCAGUUAUUAACUAUGUUGUCAUUGUUAUCAUUAGUUAUUAACAGUGUGUUAUCGUAGUUAUUAAUUAU